AUGUGUCCUGUAAAAGCUUUCACCUUACAUGGAAGUUGGACUUGCCUGCUGAAAAUGAGACACUUCCAACUGAACUUGCUUCUCAUCUGUGUGGCAACUACCACUGCAAUUCCUGUCGUGCCCUGGAAAGUCAAAUGCCCACUGCAGUGUGUCUGCCAGAUCAGGCCAUGGUACACACCCAGGUCUGUAUACAGGGAGGCAGCCACAGUUGACUGUAAUGAUUUGUUCAUCUCCACAGUGCCUGAAAGCUUGCCAGAGGGGACACAGAUCCUUCUCUUGCAAAGCAACAAUAUUGUCAAGGUUGAGCAGAGCGAGCUGGACUACCUGAAAAAUCUGACUGAACUGGAUCUGUCACAGAACAGCUUCUCUGACAUUUUGGACUUUGGCCUGAAGAACAUGCCCCAGUUGCUGAGCCUUCACCUGGAAGAGAAUCAGCUGACUGAAUUGCCUGAUAACAGCUUCCUGGGCCUGGCCACUCUCCAGGAGCUUUAUCUUAACCACAAUCAAAUACGCAGAAUCUCUCCCAGAGCCUUUUUAGGCCUUGGAAACCUCCUUCGGCUUCACCUCAACUCCAACCGCCUGAGGACGAUUGACAGCCGCUGGUUCCAAGUACUGCCCAGUCUGGAGAUCCUCAUGAUUGGAGGCAACAAAGUAGAUGCCAUUUUGGAUAUGAACUUCAGGGCCCUGUCAAAUCUGAGGAGUUUGGUUCUGGCAGGAAUGAAACUGAGAGAGAUUUCAGAUUAUGCACUAGAAGGCCUGAGAAGUCUAGAGAGUCUGUCUUUCUAUGACAACAAGCUAGUCAAUGUCCCUAAGAAGGCACUACAGCAAGUCCCCGGUCUUAAAUUCUUGGAUCUGAACAAAAACCCACUGCAGAGGGUUAAGCAGAGUGACUUCACAAAUAUGUUGCACCUCAAGGAACUGGGACUCAACAACAUGGAGGAGCUGGUUUCUAUUGACAAGUUUGCCUUGAUCAACCUGCCUGAACUGACCAAACUGGAUGUGACCAACAACCCUAAACUGUCCUACAUCCACCCCAGUGCUUUCCACCACCUCCCCCAGAUGGAGACCCUCAUGCUGAACAACAAUGCCCUAAGUGCCUUGCAUAAGCAGACACUGGAGUCCCUCCCCAAUCUGCAGGAAAUAAGCAUCCAUAGCAACCCCAUCCGCUGUGACUGUGUCAUCCGAUGGGUCAACAGUACCGAGAACCACAUACGUUUCAUUGAGCCUCAGUCCACAUUAUGUGCAGAGCCUCCAGACCUAAAGAAAAAGCACAUCCGAGAUGUCCCCUUUAGGGAAAUGACUGACAGGUGCCUGCCCCUCAUCUCUGACAAAAGCUUUCCUUCCCAUUUAGAGGUGGCAGAUGGAGAGGACAUCUCUCUACACUGCAGAGCUCUGGCAGAACCAGAACCAGAGAUAUACUGGGUCACACCAUCAGGUCGUAAGCUGAUGCCAUACUCAGACGAUGGGAAGUUUAAAGUGUACCCUGAAGGGACAAUGGAAAUCCACAAGGUCACAGCACAAGAGGCUGGGCUCUACACAUGUAUGGCUCAAAACCUCAUUGGUGCAGAUACCAAAAGCAUAAGUCUGAUGGUCAACAGUUCUUUCCCCUUCAGUGAGGAUGCCCUGGAGCUGCUAGUGAAGGAAGUCCAGGCCUACCACAUCCUGGUUGCCUGGAAACCUCACCUCAACACAGUUUCUUCUAACCUCACAUGGUCCAGCUUCAGUCCCAACUUAGAUAUGACCAACAUGGCCCGUAUCCCAACAGGUACUCACAUGUACAAUAUCACACGACUCCACCACAACACAGAAUAUUGGGCUUGCCUUCAUGUAGCCUUCAUAGACUUGCAGAGCAAGGUGGCUUGUGUCAAUGCCAGGACUAAAGAGGCUCAAUAUCGAUACCUCGAAAGCAGGCAGAGCCUACUGAUUGUGUUGUCUCUCUGCAUGUUGUUGCUGUGUAUCAGCCUUAUAGGCAACUAUGGUUUGGGCUUACUCAGGCCACAGGCUGGAAGCCAUGGGACCUGCAUAUUGUGGAAAACAGGCACAUCUUCAGUGCGUAUAGUAUCUCCACCCUUCAUCAAACACUGGGAUCGAGGGAGGAGGAGUGAGAAGCUUCUGGCUGUGGAGGUACAAGCAACACUACUGGACUCUUGA